AUGCUGUACCGCACGGCCGUGCCAGUACCGGCUGACGCACUUGUGCAGCGCAACGUGGAGUUCACGCGGACUGCGUGGAAGGCCGGCCUCCGUCCUGAUCAGCGAGAGGCGAAUCAGCUGCGGGUGGUGGAGAUCAACUUCCCGCUGCUCUCCCGUGACGUGGUGCAGGUGAAAUGCGGCAACACCGUCGCCACGGCCACCGUCAGCUGCGACCUUGUAGAGCCCUCCCCGUACCGUCCAAAGCACGGCUUCUUCGAGGUGCACGCCCGCCAGUUGCUGCACGAGCGCGACCCUCUCGAUCAAUCCAAGGAAAUCAAGCGCAUCAGCAUGUACCUGACGCGACUCUUCACCGGCAGUGUGCUGGAGACGGAGGGCUUGUGCAUUAUUCCUGGCCGCCGCGUCUGGAGCAUCGAUGCAGAGGUGAUCAUUAUGAACAACGAUGGUAACGUGCAAGACGUGGGGCAAUGGGCUGUGAUGGCCGCCCUGCAACAUGUGCGAAGGCCCGAGCUCACGAUUCGCGGUGACGACGUGAUUGUGCACCCUCCACAUGAGCGGGAGCCGGUGCCACUCCCGCUGCAUCACAUCCCUCUCUCUUUUACGUUUGCCGUUUGCGCCAAUCCACAGGAGGUGCAGCUGGCGGUGCGUGCGUCCACGCUGCGCCGUGGACAAACACCUCGAGCCGGCGCUUCCUCCGAUGCGAACGUGGACGAGGACGACGGUGAAGAGAAAGAGCUCGGCUGGUCAAGUGACGCGCUGCAGGUAGUGGUAGAUCCGGCACUCGAAGAAGUUGCCGCUGCCGCGUGCACGGUGUCGGUGGCUGUGAACGGAGAGGGCCACGUAUGCUCGCUAGAGAAGGCAGAUGGCUGCGAUGUGUCGAUCUCGUGCCUGGAGAAGUGUAUGGAGACUGCCACAAAGCUUACGCAGGCGCUGCUGACGCAGAUGAAGGAGUCGAUGGAGGCGCACAAUCUGAAGCGCAAGGAGACGGUGCGCAGUCAGUUUCUCUGGGCCCAGCAGCGCCGCGGUAUCCAGGCUGUUGCGACCCGGGAGGAAGAGGGGGAAAGCGCUAGCAAGAAGGCCAAGGCGGAGGAGUGA